AUGGAAUCAGGGCUCCGAUUUCUGCAGGUCCACUCUAGUGGCGACGAAACGUCGGUGUGGAUAAACGACGAUAUACGACCACUCCCCCCGUCUCGUCGUACGUGGGACAAGCUCGCCUUCAUAUCCUUCUGGGCGAUCAAUCAGAUAGCCCUCAGCAACUGGCAAACUGGCUCUUCGUUGGUCGCCGUCGGGUUGUCAGUAUGGCAGACCAUGAUCGCGGUCAUUGUGGCGAAGAUCAUUAUUUCUCUGGUGGCGAUCUAUAACGGCUAUGUCGGAGCGGAAUGGCACAUAGGCUUCCCCGUCGUCUCGCGCUAUGUCUGGGGCGUGUACGGCUCGUACUUGUCUCUGUUGCAGCGUAUUCUACUCUCGCUCGUAUGGUUCUCCGUGCAGUCCUGGACGGGAGGCCUUUGCAUCACCGCUAUCAUCUCCUCCAUCUUCCCAUCUUUCCAGCACAUGGGCAAUACGAUGCCGGCGUCCACUCAUAUGACGACCAAGCAGUUCGUGGGCUGGGUCGUGUACAAUGUCGUGACUGUGCCGAUGCUGUACAUCCCCCCGGAGAAGACCAAACGCCUCUUCAUCGUCAUGAACGUCAUUUCCUUCUUCACGCUCAUCUCAAUGAUGAUAUGGGCCCUCUCGCAAGCCCACGGCGGCGGACCCCUCCUCUCCCAGCCCGCUGCUGUGUCCUCCAGCUCAGAGCUUGGGUGGGCGAUCGUCUCUGGAAUUACGACCGUCAUUGGCUCCAUCGCUGUCGGCCUGACGAACCAGCCCGAUUACUCGCGCUUUGCCCGCAAGCCCGGCGACCAAAUCUUCGGGCAGUGGUUCAGCAUCAUUUUUUUCGGUACGAUUAUGCCGCUGUUCGGGUGUCUCACUUCUUCCGCCUCCGUCGCCAUCUACGGUGAGGCGCUCUGGAACCCGCCGGACAUCGUGCUCAAGUGGCUCGACACGGACUACACCGCGAAGUCGCGCGCUGCCGCAUUCUUCGCCGGCGUCGGGCUCGUCGUGUGCCAGCUCGCGAUCAACACGAUCGACAACGCGUUCUCCGCGGGGAUGGACCUCGCGGGGCUGUUCCCCAAGUACAUCAACAUCCGCCGCGGGGCGUACAUCGGGCUCGUGCUGAGCAUCAUCAUGCAGCCGUGGCAGCUGCUCUCCUCCGCGGGCACGUUCAUCUCCGUGCUCUCCGCGUACUCGGUGUUCCUCGGCCCGAUGGUGGGCAUGCAGGUGUGCGACUACUGGCUCGUGCGCGGCCGGAAGAUCAAGCUGUCGGACUUGUACUCUUCGAGUCCCGAGGGGAUAUACUACUACUCCCGCGGGUGGAAUUGGCGCGCGUUCGCCGCGUGGAUUGUUGGGUGGGCAUCGCAGAUCCCGGGGUUCGUGAACGCUGUGAACCCGGAUAUCAAGGUGCCCGUCGGGAGCCAGCACUUGUACUACCUGGCGUUCCCCGCAGGGUUUUGCAUCAGCUUCUUGGUGUUCUACGCGCUGAACAGGCUCGCCCCGCCUGCCGGCCUUGGCGAGGUCGACGACGUGGACUACUUUGGCACGUUUGACGAGGAAGAGGCGGAUAAGAUGGGGAUUAGGCCCGCUGAGGACUCGGACAGCUCGGGCGCGGACGUGGAGGUGGAUGAAAAGAGGCUUGACUUGGAACGGACGGUUUCGGUCGACAAAUUGUAG